AUGAAACAUAAAAUUUUGUCUGUCAUAGGAUCUGUCACUGCUCUGACAAGGAAGCAAGAGGCCGCCGAGCAGAGUCGCCGAAGAGCGGCUUUGGCAACAACAUCGAAAAAACAGGAGCCAACUGCAAACGAGGAGUAUGAAGAUGAUGACGAAUUUCAGGAUCAAUGUCCAGAGCCCAAUGGAUAUUUUCCGGAUGCGGAACAAUGCGAUAAAUAUUACGACUGUCGAGAUGGCAAGAUAACGGAAAAAUUGUGUCCGGACGGUCUCGUUUUCAAUGAUUUCAGUCCACAGCACGAGAAGUGCGAUUUACCAUUCGGCAUCGAUUGCACAAAAAGACCCAAAUUACAAAAGCCGCAACCAUCGCCACACUGUCCGCGCAUGCACGGCUACUUUGCCCACGAGGAUCCCAGGAACUGCAAUACUUUUUAUUACUGCGUGGAGGGCAAGUAUAACAUGAUCACCUGCCCGGAUGGUUUGGUCUUCUCCGAAAAGACCGGCAUCUGCAACUGGCCAGACGAGGCACAGAAGAAGGGUUGCGGUUCCCGCGAACUCUUCAAUUUCACGUGCCCGAAGGUCGAUGAAUCAGUGGCCGCGACACAUCCACGUUAUCCUGAUACCGAGGAUUGUCAGUAUUUUUACGUGUGCGUCAAUGGUGAGGUACCAAGGCGAAGUGGAUGCAAACUCGGCCAAGCGUUUGACGAACGCUCGGGAAAGUGCGACUGGGCCAGAAAAAUACCCGAAUGCAAAGAUUGGUACAAGGAUCAGCUGACCGACGAAGAAUUGGACGCAUUGGAGAAUCCACCGCCUAAGCCCAAGCCCACCGGUGGACCAAGCAGAAGAAAAGGCAGCAGACCAACAAUAUAGAAUAAACGCUUUAGAUUAAGUGUGUAGGUUUCUAAGCUUCUUUAUUUUUUUAAACUUUAUGUAUAAUAAACUUAUAUUUACUACAA